AUGAGAUUGCUAAACGUCGCAAACAAGGUAUUCGGUACCUUAGCAAUUAUCCAAGGUAUAACGUCAGCUAAUCCUUUGCCUGGACUUUCCGGUGAUUCUUUGUCCAAACGUACAUAUUCCUCCUCAAAUGAUGUGGAUUUUGUAAAGGGUAAGAAUACCGGCUCAACUCCGGUAAGCUUUACUAAUGGUUGUCCUUGUCUCGACUUUACCUACCAUGCUGAAACACAAAACACUUUGGUAUAUCAUAUGGAUAUGGUUUCCGUGAAAUGGGAUCACGACAACAUCUAUUUGAUUACCAUUCAUGUGUACGCCGACGAACAAAUCUCUAUUGAAAACAUGUGGUCUUUGAAGAUUAUUGGUGUUGAUUCUCCAGAUGGAAGUACCUUCCAAUUGUAUGGUCACAAUGAGAACACUUACUUGAUCAAUAACCCAACUGACUGGACUGCAACUUUCAGAGUAUAUGCUACCCCAGACUCUUCGAACCCUGACAUUCAAUGGAUGCCAAAUUUCCAAAUUCAAUAUGAAUACUGCCAGGGCUCUGCAACUUGUGACAGUAACUGGUCCGGUAAAUACAAGGCUUCAUCAUUCGAUUUAAUUACUGGUUGUAACAACUUCGACAACAACAAAAGGUCUCAGACUGACUUCCCUGGGUACUACUGGUUCAAGGAUCAUCAAGAGCAUAGCGGUGUUUACCCACCCUCUUACGCAUGUUCCAAACAACCUACCACUCCUACUUCCACUACCACAACUGCGGACAAGAAGACCACUUCCACUACCACUACCACAACUCCAGACAAGAAGACCACUUCCACUACUACCACCACAACUCCAGACAAGAAGACCACUUCCACUACUACCACCACAACUCCAGACAAGAAGACCACUUCCACUACCACAACUACUCCUACCACAACUCCAGAUAAGAAGACCACUACCACUACCACAUUGGCUCCAAGCCAAGGAACUAGCACUACAACUGCCAAAACUCCUACCACUACUACUACCUCUAAGUCAACCCCAGUUACUACUACUGCCACCACUCCUACCACUACUACCACCACUCCUGGUAUCACUGCUGAAACCACUACUUCCAAGUCAUCUCCAGCAAGUUCUGCUCCAGCAAGCUCUACUGCCUCUAGCUCUGCUCCACUAAGUUCUACUCAAACAAGCUCGGUUCCAACCAGCUCUGCACCAGAAAGCUCUACUGCCUCUAGCUCUGUUCCAGCAAGCUCCGCUCCAACCAGCUCAGCUCCAGAAAGCUCUACUGCCUCUAGCUCUGCUCCACUAAGUUCUACUCAAACAAGCUCGGUUCCAACCAGCUCUGCACCAGAAAGCUCUACUGCCUCUAGCUCUGUUCCAGCAAGCUCCGCUCCAACAAGCUCCGCUCCAGAAAGCUCUACUGCCUCUAGCUCUGUUCCAGCAAGCUCGGCUCCAACAAGCUCGGCUCCAGAAAGCUCUACUGCCUCUAGCUCUGUUCCAGCAAGCUCCGCUCCAACCAGCUCAGCUCCAGAAAGCUCUACUGCCUCUAGCUCGGUUCCAGCAAGCUCCGUUCCAACCAGCUCGGCUCCAGAAAGCUCCACUGCCUCUAGCUCUGUUCCAGCAAGCUCCGCUCCAACCAGCUCGGCUCCAGAAAGCUCUACUGCCUCUAGCUCUGUUCCAGCAAGCUCCGUUCCAACCAGCUCGGCUCCAGAAAGCUCCACUGCCUCUAGCUCGGCUCCAGCUAGUUCCACUACUCCUACUACUUUGGCUCCAACCCAAGGAACAUCCGUUUCCAGCUCAUCUGAGUUGUCCUCAAGUGUAACUGUCUUAACAGCUUCUAGUGAAACUCAAUCGACUUUGACUACGGAUGUAUCAAGCUCAGUUCCUCCAAGUCUAGCUCCAUCCACAACUUCUGGUGUCAGUUCUACAGUGAGCACAAUAACAUACACCACAAGUGGUGUUGUGAAAACCUUGACUACCACCAUCUGUAAUGCUACCUCAACUGAACCUACUCCAUCAUCCACCGUAAAGACAAUUACCUAUACUUCCAGCGGGACUGUGAAGACUGCGACAAUUACAAAUUGUGGUGACAGAGAUUGUACUGCUACUGGUGUAACUACCACUCCAGUUGUUACAGCUGCUACUGCUUCCUCUCCAGGUGCUCCAGGUGCUCCAUCUUCUACUGUGAAGACCAUCACAUACACCACCGAGGGAACUGUUACAGUAUUGACAACCACUAUCUGUAGCACUCCAGUUGGUCCAGCUCCAGCUGCUUCUACCACAACUCCAGUUGGUCCAGCUCCAGCCGCUUCUACCACUACUCCAGUUGGUCCAGCUCCAGCUGCUUCUACCACUACCCCAGUUGGUCCAGCUCCAGCUGCUUCUACCACAACUCCAGUUGGUCCAGCACCAGCUGCUUCUACCUCUACCCCAGUUGGUCCAGCUCCAGCUGCUUCUACCACAACUCCAGUUGGUCCAGCACCAGCCGCUUCUACUACCGUCCCAUCAGUCAGUGUCAGUGUCUACACUUCUGCUCCAGCUUCAAGCACUCAAACUGUCCAAACUUACGCCGGCUACGCCGCUAUCAACACCCAAAACGGAUUCACACUCUUGUCUUCUUUCCUAGCAGCUAUGCUCUUGAUCUAG